AUGUACCAAGGAAGCCGCAGCAGUGAGCAGUCUCUUGGGUGGGUCAAAGACCCCUCCCCCAUCACAGCCCUCGCGUCUCGCACCCCCCCACCGCGUAUCUAUCUUCCUCGCAACUCUUGUCCCUUUUCCUCCCAGCAAAAGAACCAGCUGCCAACGCACCUGAUAGGGGCCUUCUUUGCCUUAUUCGUGGGCAACCUCUACUUCUGGCUGCAGCUUUUUCUCUUCUGGAGGAUGAGGAGCCUGCCCCAGCCUGGGGCCCCCUGGAUCGGACCGCUCCGCCUGGGCCUCUGCAGCCUCUGCACCAUCCUCAUGGUGGCCAUGGUCAUCCUCCAUUCCUGGCCGUUGCGCUCGGCCUCUGCUGCGUGUGAGUGGGCCAUCGCCACACUGCUGUUCACGCUCUUCGGCCUGUUUGCUGUGGAUUUUUCCUGCCUGGACAGCUGCACCCUAUGUCUCCAGCCGGGCCCCAGCCUCAGCCCCCCGCCGGCCUCCCCCAUCUCCCUGCAGAUCCCCCUGUGAAUGGCAGUCCGGGCGGUGUGGUCUGGCCCUGGUGCUGUUGUCAGGGCCAUCCAGGAAGUGAGAGGCCAAGGCCAGCCAGCCAUCCCUGCUCAAGGCUAUUUAUUAUUAUUAUUAUUAAUUU